CCAUUAGGGUCUCUUCAAUGCUGCCAUUCUUUAUUUAGUUCUAAUCAAGUGGCGUCUUCAGUUUAGCUUCUUCCCCAGAGUUAUAUGGGAAAAUCUUAUUUUAGCGAUUAUUAAUGCUGGAACAACGAAGGGCAUUUCCUGUGGAGCUUGAACAGCGAGAGCAUGAAGGAGCAACAACUCUGGAAACAUGAAACCUCCUUGUUACUGUUUCUUGUCCUCCUUGGUCAAGUUUUAGGUUUAAAUGAUGACAGCCAACCAGCGACCGAAGUCUGCUCAACACACACCAUUUUACCUGGACCAAAAGGAGAUCAAGGUGAAAAGGGUGACUCUGGAGAAAUGGGGAAACAAGGAAAAGCUGGCCCCAUGGGCACCAAAGGAGACAAAGGAACAGUUGGCCAUAUGGGUGAUCAGGGAAUGAUGGGUAAAAUUGGACCAAUUGGCAGAAAGGGUGAGAAAGGAUUUAAAGGUUUACCAGGUGGAUCUGGAGGAAAGGGGAAAGCAGGUUCCGUCUGUGACUGUGGGAAAUAUCGCAAAGUCGUGGGACAACUGGAUAUUAACGUGGCUCGACUGAAGAGUUCCAUCAAAUUUGUAAAAAACGUGUUAGCUGGAAUCCGGGAAACGGAGGAGAAAUACUACUACAUUGUACAGGAAGAAAAGAGCUACAAGGAAGCCCUCACUCACUGCCGGAUUCGGGACGGGAUCCUGGCAAUGCCAAAGGACGAGGCCGCCAAUGCAGUGAUCUCUGACUACAUCGCUCAAAGUGGCCUUUUCCGAGUCUUUAUUGGGUUGAAUGACAUGGAGACUGAAGGACAGUUUAUGUAUGCUGACCGUACCCCACUGCAGACCUACAGCAACUGGAAGGAGGGAGAACCUCAGGAUGAGUCCGGGGAGGAAGACUGUGUGGAAAUGCUCAGCACUGGGAAAUGGAACGACACAGAAUGCCACCUCACUAUGUAUUUUGUCUGCGAAUUCCCAAAGAAGAGGAAGUAGGCACCAGAAGGCAUGGACAGUGCAUCCUAAGCUCACUUUCUGAGGAUCCCCCUCAGAUCUGAGAAUCUAGGAGAAGAAUCUCUCAUAGGGUGCCCAUAGAAACUCCUGGGGUGCCCCUGCCUGGUCACCACUCUUAUUUCAGAGCCUGGAAACAUUUUCCAAAAUACAGUGGUACCUCGACUUACGAACUUGAUCCGUACUGGAAUAGCGUUC